AUGGGUGCUUCCUCGCUCUGGUCCCUCGGCCUCUUUGCGGCCACGGCCUCGGCUGGCCACCUUGCCGCCUGGUGGACAAACGACUUUGGCCCGACUCUGAUGAUGCAGGACGAUGCCUCGGCCGGCAUCCGCUACAGUCUCUGCAACAGCCACAACACGCCCAUCUUCCCAAACGACACCUCCAUCACCAUGCCCCUCCUCAAGUUUCCCCCAAAGAAUGGCACCGCUCUCGCCGGUGGUGGCUGGUGGGACCAGAAGAACGUCGUUGCCUCCAUCUUCUACUUCAACCAGAAGAACGAGAUUGUCAACUCGCUGCUCCAGUGCGAUGACAGGACUGGCCAUUGGUCAAACACGGGUGACUAUGUCAUCUCCAGCGGCGCCCCAAAGGCGGCCAACAACUCGGAUCUCAGCAUGGCCCUUCUCGGCGCCAAGGAGGGCUACCGCGUCCUCUACAACGGCCUCGACGGCGCCGUCCAGCUCCUGAGCUACAACAACGACAACGGCUGGAGGUACGGCGGCGUCGCCUACAAUGCCUCGUCCUCGGCCAAUGUCAUCGCCUCCAUCUACCCGCCCGCCGAUACAAACAUUACCCUCCUUGUACCGCGCGACAGCCAGAACAUGGGCCUGGCCAGGUUCUAUGGCGACAACACCUGGCACAUUGAGUCGUUUCCCACUCCUCUGAACGCAACCGUCAACAACACCAUCAUCACCAACUCCACAAACCCAAACAGCAUCCACCUCAACGCGACGUUUGUCCCCACCUACUCGCUACCUGCGUGGGACGGCAAGCCAAAAUCGAUGGGCAUGGCCGAGGACAGCAGCUGGACCCGCAGCGUCUUCUACGUCGGCACCGACAAGCAGCUCCAUCAGAUCGGCAACCUCGACUACAAGUGGCUGGUGUUUGACCGCCCCAGCAACAACGCGUCCUGGCCGCAGUCGGACGACGGCUACCUCGCCGUGGCGAACGACUUCAACUCGGACAGCCUCCGCGUCUACUACAUGAGCAACGGCAAGCUGAUCGAGGCUAACGGCGACAGCGGCAAGUGGCAGAGCGCCCUCGUGCUGCCCUCGUACAACGCCACGGCUCCGGCCCCCACCAACACGCCGACAAACAACCCUGGCUCCGAGGCCGGCACCGGCGAGAACAGCUCCGAGCUCAGCACCGGCGCCAAGGCGGGCAUCGGCGUCGGCGUGACCCUCGCGGUCCUCGCAAUCGUCGGCAUCGUUGUGGCCGUCAUCCUGCUGAAGCGCCGGCAGAAGCGCCAGCAGGAGGCCGACGCCGCUGCCGCGGCUGCCGGGUCGACCGUGGGAGGCAGCACGGCCUACAGCGGCGCUGCCACCGAGCCCAAGUACCAGGAUUCCCCCAGCACUGCGUACGGGGUGCCUGGGGAGCUGCACUCGGAGCACACGGGCACGACCGCCGGCGGCAGCGGUGGCGACGGCGGCUACUACUACUACAACAACAACCAGCCGCCGCCGCAGCAUCAGCAAUACAACUCGAACCAGAUGUACGAGCUGCCAGACCAGUCGAGGCGGGCCGAGAUGAUUGGCGAGGGGCACUACAAGGAGGCUCCGUAG